AGUGAUUGGGACAUAUGAAUAUGAUUUAGUAUAUUGUGGAAAUAGAUAAGCUAAAUGAAUUCGAUAUGAUAUUAGGAGAACAGGGACUUGGAACUCUUAAGCCAGAAGUGAAUUUAUUUGAUUAUAUUAGGACACAGGCAGAGGAUCCAAUAUGAACAAAACAAUAUCCAUACGUACGUGUACGGCUCAAAAGCAUGUCGAAUGAGUGUUUUAGCUCUUUGGCCGGUAUGCCCGCCAGUACGCCGGUGCAAGCCUUUUGAAUGGCCUCUACGUCUGCAUUACGCUUUCCUUUUAUGGGCAAAUGCAUUUUUCCGAAAAUGAAGAAGUCGAACGGUGCCAUAUCAGGUGAAUACGGGUGCCGUUAAUGGUUAAAAUGUGAUUUUUACUCAAAUAAUCGGUCAUAAUGAUGCCCUUCGAAUGUUGGAUUCUGAGCAAUUUUUGGUCGUCAUGUUGAUCGUCAUUUAUGUCCUCACGACCACUUUGAAAACAUUGAAACCACUCGUGCACUUUGCUUCGAGAUAGGCAAUCAUCGCCAUAAUCAUGUUUCAUCAAUUGAAACGUUUUGGUAAAAGUUUUGCCAAUUUUAAAGCAAAAUUUAAUGUCAUCUCUUUGUUCGAAGUUCAUUUUCGCACCGAUAACACAACCAUACUGACACUUAGAACGCAAAUAUCGUUACUUCUAAUAGAUGAAAUGUCAUGACAUUCUCAUUAGACAAUCGAUAAAGAUAGCAGAUUCUAACGCACCAUGCCGCGACAUAUAGAUGGCGCCACCAGGGGACGCUAGAUUCAAAAAGUCCUGUUUACUUUGGAACACACCUUGUAUUAAUAUUCUCUUCCUCAACAUAUUGAACAAGUUUCAACUCUAAUAAAAGCACUACAUAAAGCCAAUAUGAAAAUUUCAGAUUUUUUCAAGACUCAAUAGAGUAUCUUGGCCACAUCAUUAAGAAUAAUAUGAUUACUGUGGAUCUUAACAAGAUCGAAACAAUAAAAAACUUCUCUAUUCCAAAAACUCUUAACGAACUAAGAUCAUUUUUAGGAUUAGUUAGUUAUUAUUAGCUAUUUAGUAGGAAUUUUGCAUCUAUCACUAAACCUAACCUAACUAUUCAUAUAAGAGGAGAUCAAGGAAAGAUAAGAAAAAAUCAGAACGCCAAAGUAGACAUAAAAAAGAGGAGGCAGCACUGGAUGCACCUCAAAAGAUAAAAAUAGCACUUCGGGAGCAAACAGAACUCUUUUAACCAGAUUUCUCGAAACCAUUUGAUUUAACUACUGAUGCCGGUCAUUUUGCUAUUGAAGCAGUCCUAUCUCACAAUAAACCACCAAUUGCCUUAAUUUCAAGAACAGUAAAUGAUAGUGUACAAAUGAGAACCCUCCCCCGGACAUCCACACAUACACCACACUAUCACACCACAUCAACUCAACUUCACAACACUGAGUCGGAAUUACGCGUGUGCGAGCAUCUUUGAACGGCAUUUGUGCCAUCCUCCAGUUUCAACAUUUUUUCAUACUGAUUUUACACAGCAUUUUUUAAAAUUGUACAUAAGCAAAAUACAACCGCAAUACAAGUACCUAUACUAGUGCACGCCUAUGCACAUUGAAGCAAAUCCAUUUUUCCAUUUUCUAUAAAACCAAACUUGGUGGUCAUCGAGAAGGUGAGUGUGUGUGAAAAUUAAGAAUUCGAAGUGCACAGAAAAAAGUGAGGUUGUGAUAUUUACAUGGUCCUUCGAGGCAAAAAGAACGGCACAUUGGUGAAACGUUAAAAAAAAAAAAACCCUAAAGGAGAAUAGUGUAGUGAAAUCGGUGUUAGUAUACCUGUUAUACAACUAAAACGAAUUUUUAUGUGCACAAAUCAACAUUAAAUGAAAACAGAAAAAAAGAAAAACCACUAACCAUAGGUAAAAGUGCGUGCAAACCAACACUAAAUACAAUAAAUACGGGCACGAACUCAAAAACAAAAAAAAAUAAUAAAAUAAUAACAAUUAUAAUUAUAAUACGGGCGCGAACUCAAAGCUAAUAAAUAAAUAAAACACCCUAAAUACAAAUAAAACAAGAGAAAACGUUAACGUCGGCUGCACCGAAGCUAAUCUUCACAGGGUCUCCGACGCUUCCUUCUGGAUGUCACAAGCUGCUUGGUAAACAAACAUAUACAAGACAGCGGAACGCCGGCGUAGGAAGGAAAUCCCACCAGAGAAGCAAGAAAAGGAUACACACCACUUUUCACCAAAUUUCUGAACCCAAACUCCUUGAGGAAAAUCAGAGUGAGUGCAUCAAUUCCACUUUUGAUUUCAUUUAUUAUAUGUAUGUAGCGUUGCACAAAUGGUCAAUAUAAAAGAACCGAAAGAAAUUAAACCCGUUUUAUAAAAACGGUUUGUAAAAAUUCUAAAUCGACGGCAAAUUUAAGUACCGGUAGAAUCCAAUACGGCACAUAAUAUAUAUGUAUAAGUAUAUGUAAAUAUAUUUAACUAAACAAAUAAUUAUUCCUUGCUUUUUAAACUUACCUUCGUGUAUACAAUACACACAAUUCCCACAGAGAAAAAAUUCAAUAUUUUCAAUUUAUUUUCAAAUUAUUCUGGCAAUACCGCUCCAGUUCAUUAACUGUGAGAGGAACACUUGCCAAUUAUACGAACAACACCUCGUCAGCUUAUUAAGCUGUGAGAGGAAUUGCUUCCAAAAAGUAAGCAAAAAUCGCAAGAAGAAUACAGCAUAAAAGGGAAUAAGUACAAACAUACAUAUAUACAUAUCCUUAAGCGGAUUAUAUACAUUAUAUAACUAAAAUUGAUACCUAUACAUUAGGGUGUCCGUUAUUUACCAAGUUGGCUAUUUCCACUUGGGUAUCGUCAAAAUCGUUUCUUUUUGACCUAAAAACAAUUUUGGAAACAAAGAAAAAUUUUUUCGAUGCCGUUUAACCUUGCCUAGAUAAGGAUACUUUUCCCAUUUAAUUAACAUGGGAUUUUCGCACUAUUUAGCAAAUAAUUCUUACUGCGUACAUUAUACUCUUUAACUUACCAACAAUGCUCAAUUCUGCUUCUUGGUAAAUAACGGACACCCUAAUAUACAUAUGUAUAUACUAUAUAUACAUAUACAUAUAUAUUAUACAUUAGCGCUUUUGCGCAUAUUUCUGAACGCGAGUACACAACCGCGAAAUAUUUCGAUAUUGCCUUAUAUUCUCACAUGCGUAUACCUAUAAAAAUAGGAUACAAUUAAUCAAGAGAUAUUGGGAAAAUAUAUUUUGGUGCGGAAAAUCAAAGAACAUUGGUUGAGAAAUUAAAUAUUGCAAACUAAUUAUUUACCUUUGUACAUACAUACACACAUACACGGUCCAAUUUUGGCGAUUCCUAGCAUUUAUCUUGUUCCUUGUCACACAAGAACAAGCAUAAUUGCACAUAUGUAUUUUAUUUAACGCAUACUAUAUGCAAAUAAAAUCCACAAGUAUGUACAAAGGGUAUUGACCUAGUUUCAGUGCGCACUGAUACAAGGGCAUACGAAUAAAUCGAAAAAAAAAUAAUAAUUUUUCGAGAAUAAAUAAAUAAAAAAACAAAAAGGUUCGACGAACGAGAUAAAUACAAGCGAUAAACGCAUUAUUAUACAUAUUCUAUUGCGGAAAUAUAAGCUCUUAUUUUUUAAAAAGAGCGUUCGGUAACAUAUAUAUUUUACUCAUCCAAUUUUACGGAAAUAACAACUCUUAAUUAUUAAAAAGAGUUUCCGGUAAUAUCUCUAUUAAAAGAAAUUUUCUGAAUGAGCACUGAUUCAAAAGAAUGUAAAGCAGAAUUCUUAAGAAUUCCAAUAAUGAAUACUGAUGACAAAAGUCGGUGUACACCUGCAGAAGCUACACGCUCUAAGCAAGGUGCUACAAAGCAAAAAAGGGGAGAGACAUUUCUUAUAUUAAAUUCAUUUUUGAGAGUGACAGCUUGAUUAAAUACUGCGUCUUCACCGAUUCAGGACAAUCGGUACUAGAAAUAAAAAAUAAAUCUACUGACAAUUUUUGGACACGCCUCCAAGCUGCAUACGACGCAAUAGUAGAAACUGAUGAUUCAGAUCUACCUGAAAAUUUUAAAUCUUCGGCUUACGCCAAAUACGAAAAUUGCUUAGACCGCUAUGAAGACACAAAAGCAAUGAUCUCAGAUCAACUAAAACUUAUGAAGAGUAGGGUUACCAUAAUUGCAAGCCCAAGAGACAAGUUCAGGCAUUCAUAUCAAAGUGCCAGCGUAUGAUACGGAGAUAUUUCAUGGAGGUUAUGAACAAUGGCCGUCCUUCCGGGACAUGUUUACAGCCAUGUACAUAAACCAUCCAAAAUUAUCACAAGCGCAAAAAUUGUAUCAUCUCCGAUACAAAACUAAAGGUCAAGCAGGCGUAAUAGUCAAGCAGUUCGCAUUGAAUGACGACAAUUUUAAUUUAGCUUGGGAAGCUUUAAGACAAAGAUAUGAAAAUGAGAGAUUAGUUGACAAGCAAGUAACGAUACUGAUGAACUUGCCUAAAAUUCAAAGAGAAACCAGUGAAGAAUUCAUCAAACUAGAAUCCACUGUGUCAAAUUGUUUGUCGGUUCUAUCGACACAAAAUAUUCCCACUCACAAUUGGGAUCCUAUUCUGGUAAACAUAUGUACCGCCGCAUUACCAGAAAAAUCAUUACUUUUGUGAAAGCAAUCGCUCUCAUCAAGAAGAAAAUGCCCAACGUGGCAACAGAUGAAAGAUUUCUUAACUACCCAAUACGAAAUUGCGGAAAGGGUAGACAAAAAAGUAGUCAGAACUAAAAACGUUCAACAAGACCUAAAUCGAAGCUUCAAUAAACCCCAAGCCGGAGCAACAAUCAUUUAAACAGAAGCUUUUUCAAAACACAAUCGUUCACAUCUGAACAAAAUAAAUUCACGUCAUGCGAACUAUGUUCUGGAGGGCAUAAGUUCAAAGCUUGCGAGAAAUUUAAAAAAUUGAAUGUCAAUGAAAGGAAUAACUUUGUCAGGUCAAAAAGAUUCUGUACAAACUGCUUGUCCCACUCACACAUUCUUAAUACUCGCAAAAGCAAAUUUAAUUGCGUAUAUUGCCACAACAGGCAUCAUUCUAUGCUACAUCUCAAUAACUUUCCCAACACAUCUCAUAGUAGCGCUUUUUCAAAAAAAGCCACGGGUUUAGUUGCAACAGCAACUCCCGAAACAAAAACUCAAGAAAAUUGCCAAGAGACACCAUGUUGUUCAAAGGCAUUAAAAACUCAAACGCUACACAGCGAAAAUCAUAGUAGAGUACUACUACCCACAGCAGUUGUCUCCAUCGAACAUCGAGGAGAACUGUUCAAACUAAGAGCCCUAAUAGACCAAGGAUCGCAACGAUCAUUCAUAGCGUCUAGGCACAAACUAGGCUAAAACUGCCAACAAAACAUGACAACUAUGAGAUUACGGGAAUGGGCGGACGAGUAGUACAAAACUCAAGUAAAAUCUGCCCCAUUACCCUAAUCUCCACCAAAGCGGAUAAGCGCAUUCAAGCAAAUGCUAUUGUCUUACCGCAACUAACAAACAUGCUUCCAAGCUAUCAAAUAAAUAGCAAGCAUUGGGAUAAGAUUUCACAUCUGACUCUAGCAGAUCCCAACUGCAACACGCCCGCUCAAAUAGACCUUCUAUUAGGCAGCGAUCUUAUAUCGCAAAUUAUACUAGAAGGUGUUGAAAAAAUUUCGAAAACACUACUGGCGCAAAAUACCAUUUUCGGAUGGGUCCUAAGUGGACUAGUUGCGGAACCAGUCACAGCAAUGACAACUCAAGUUGAGGAAAUCUCAAACGAGUACCUCAAUUCACAACUGAGAAAAUUUUGGAAGUUAGAAGAACUCCCCUCCAUUUUAAUUACAACACCGGAAGAUCAGUGUUGUGAAGACUUUUACAAAGCCACAACUACUCGAUCAGAUAAUGGUCGGUAUGUCGUACGACUACCACUAAAGCAACAACUUCCAGACACACACGCCUUAGGUCACUCUCGCGCCUCUGCAAUACAGCAGUUUUUUAAGUAUGGAAAAAAACCUACUUAGAAAAGGUGAGCUCAAAUAAGAAUAUGAUGGUGUAUUAGAAGAAUACCUUCAUUUAGAUCAUAUUGAGGAAGUAAGCCCAUGUGAAAAAAUCAUAAGAGGCAAAUAUUACUCUUUCUACUUGCCACGUCAUGCAGUAGUAAAGCCUGAGAAGAAAACAAUAAAAGUUCGAGUUGUCUUCAAUGCAUCACGAUCCACGAGCUCGGGUAAUUCCCUAAAUGAUAUUCUAUUUACGGGACCCACACUCCAACCAGAUUUAACGCUCCUCAUAUUGAACUGGCGUAUAUACAAAUACGUAUUCAAUGGGGAUGUCGAAAAGAUGUAUCGACAAAUACUGGUACAUAAAGAUGAUCAAGAUUUUCAGCGGAUUAUUUUCCGAAAAUCUGCCAAUAGUCCACUACGCGACUUUAAAUUGAAAACAGUUACCUUUGGCGUAAACUGUGCCCCAUAUCGAGCGAUUCGUACACUCCACGAAGUGGCAGAAGACACAAAGCCAGAAUUUCCACUGGCAACACAAGUCUUAAAAGCGCAAACGUAUGUAGACGAUAUCCUGUCUGGAAGCCACAGUCUUCCACAGGCAUACGAGACCUUAUCACAGGUAAUAAAUGCCCUCAAUACCGCAGGAUUUCCUUUAAAAAAGAUUACAGCCAAUCACCCAAAUAUUUUAAAAAAUAUUCCUAAAGACCAUUUGUUGGAUACUAAUUUCCUUAUAUUUGAAAAGGAAAGUACAACAAAAACACUAGGCAUCCAAUGGAAUGCGAUAUCGGACCAGUUUUCAUACACGAUUGAGUCCAUAUCCGCCUUAUCGGUAUUACAAAACGCUUAAUUCUCUCCUCUGUGGCAAAAUUUUUUGACCCCGCAGGAUGGCUUUCGCCAAUUAUGAUACAAGCGAAAAUCCUGAAUCAAGAAUUAUGGCUAGACGGAACCGACUGGGACGAACAAGUGAAACCUCUUCGCUUAGAAAAAUGGUCCCGGUUCCCUAAUAAUUUGAACGACAUCUCGAAGAUACAAAUUCCACGGUGGGUAAACUAUUCCCCCGAAUACAAAGUGGAACUACACGGUUUCUGCGACGCCUCUGAAAAGACAUAUUGUGCCACUAUAUAUGUGCGUACACAAAGCGAUGUCGCAACUACAAGCCACUUAUUAGCGGCAAAAGCAAAAGUUGCGCCUCUAAAAACGCUAAGUCUCCCACGACUUGAACUCUGUGGCGCUCUGCUACUAGCAAAGCUAUCUUCAAUGGUGCAGACCCACUUAAAAAUGGCGAAAUACAGAUUAUAUUUAUGGUACGAUUCCGAGAUAGUUCUAGCCUGGUUAGAAAAACCACCACAUGCGUGGAAAACUUAUAUUUCUAACCGAACAUCUGAAAUACUUGACCUAGUAGGAUCAGUCACAUGGCGUCACGUAGCCAGUGCUGACAAUCCUGCUGAUCUAGGUACAAGAGGAUGCAAACCUCUGCAUCUCGCUACUUCCACCCUCUGGUGGAAUGGCCCCCCAUGGUUAACAGAAUCUCCCGAUUCUUGGCCACAAUCGCCCAUGCGCAACAUACUUGCCCCAGAAAGUCGUAAAAUCGACACAUAUCAUGCAACACUGGAUGACACUGACAUCCUUGAACGAUUUUCAUCGUUCCCCCGAGCCCUCCGGGUAGUUGCCUAUAUGCUCAAGUUUUUAGAGCGGCUUAAACUUAAAGUUGAAGGAGCAACUUAUCUCCAUUGCGAUAAAUUGACGCACCAAGACUUACAAAAAGCAAAGGCCGCUCUUAUCGCAUCAACGCGCUACUUCAGCCGCGAUACAGAAUUACUAAGGGAAUCGAAGCCUAUCAAUAAAAAGAGCUCACUCUUAGUUUUAAACCCAUUUCUAGACACGACGGGUUUACUUCCUGCGAAUGGUCGGCUUGCUAAUUCAAGCCUAACGUACAAUGAACGCCACCCUAUAAUCAUACCAGAGAGGUGUCGGUUUGCCACUUUAUUUAUUAGAUAUAUCCACACACUAAUGCUCCAUGCCGAACAUCGCAUCACGCAACAUAUGGUCCGCCAAGAGCUGUACAUACCCCGACUGAAGCCCCAAAUAAAGAAGUGCAUUUUCAUGUGCAAAAUCUGCACUAUGCAUAAGCAGAAAAUGCGUUCGCAGAUUAUGGCAGCACUUCCACCUGAACGCUGCAAUUUUGCUCUGCCUUUCACUACUACAGGUGUAGAUUUUGCUGGGCCUUUUAUGAUAAAGGCAUCCAUGCUAAGGUCUCCUACCCUCAUGAAAGGCUAUGUGGCUGUUUUUGUCUGUUUCACGACAAAAGCAGUACACCUUGAGCUAUGUACGAAUCUGACGACGGGGGCUUUUCCUGCGGCUUUUGCUCGUUUCGUCGGACGACGAGGCUUUCCAUCAAAAAUCAUGAGCGAUAAUGGUAAAACAUUUAUCGGAGCUCAAAGAGCUACCGAAAAACAGUUUGUGGACUUCACAAAAUAAGUCUCUCCGGACAUUGUCCAAAAAUACGCUCCCCAAGGUCCCCUCACAUGGGCGGCUUAUGGCAGUCAGCUGUAAAAACUUCAAAUCUCAUUUCAAGAAACUAGCUGGCAACUAUAAAUUCAGUUAUGAAGAGUUCACGACACUCUUUACUACAAUUGAAGCCGUUCUUAACUCACGGCCUCUCGCUGCACUCUCGCAAGAUCCCUCAGACUUUACUGCCCUCACGCCAGGGCAUUUUCUUAAAGGCCAUUCUGGCCACACCUGAGCCAGGCGUGGAGUCUUAGGGUAAAAUAACUAUUGAAUUCAUUUAAAAAUCAAAUUUUACCUAUUUCUGACCAAAAAAACGUAGGCGUAUCAAGGAAAACAAUUUUUCCAAAUAGAGUACGUCAUACAAUCCACUACAAAGACAAGAAUGACUUAAUAGAAAAAUUUAAAGAAGUUGCAAUACCAACUGUCACCAACGCUUUAAAAAUAGACGGGGAAAUAUUAUUUCAUGUCAAAGAUGACAUUAUUGCUAAUUUUCCAACUUGCACAUUUGGGACCAAAACAUGAACGUAAACAGCAAUAAAACAACAACAACAACAACAACCAUGACGACGAUAACAGCGACGACCACGGACAUGAGUUACAGGAAUCCUAUAACGGAAUCCGAAGAGGACGAACUGCUUGCCUCCAGCCAGGAGACAAGUAAGAGUACUACCGGACGUACCAACCAAAGUACAUCGGUAGAUACAGCAGACAAAAUAUCAAAUUUACCAACUACCUCCAAGGCUGCUAUGAGCACCAACCAAAGUGCACUGGCGGCUAAAGGAGACAGCAAAAAGAAACGCAAAAAAUCCCAGAAUCAGCUGAGGAAAAACCGGUACCAGAGGGCGGUCUUCAUACUAGGGAAGAUAGCCAAAGACCAGGCGGCCGGUACUCCAGUUGAUGAGGCUGAAACGAAGCGCUUCAAAUCUAUCGUAGAGGAAUAUGAGAGCUACCUGAAAAGGAAGCAAUCACAACCUCAAGAACAGAGCAAAAAAGAGAGCACUUCUCAGAAGAGAAAUCGCUCCACAACAGAAGUACCCGGAGCUCAGCCCAAAAAACCGAGGAGGAGCGAAGGAGAACACAGCAGCACAACAACGGCAAGGCCAGAGAUAGCCUGCAGGUGGCCAUUAUAGAUGGGAAAUCCUCCUCUCCGAGCACUAUACAGGAGAGAUGGGUGGAGAUCGACGUCAGAUUGUCGAGUAUGGUGCCAAGCUAUGUACUCGACAAUCCGGCGGGUCCUCACCCGGAGUUUGACUCCUCUGAGACCCUCAGGGGCUACAGGGUCAUCAAGUGCGCGGACCAGGCCUCGCUUGAUUUCCUGACGGGUAGUGUUACUAAAAUUAGCAACGCCUUUGAAGGCCUCCAAUUGAGGCUUAUACCCGCCAGCGAUAUUCCGAAGAGGCCUCGGGCUCGCAUUUGGUUACCCCCACUAGAGGAGCCAGGCGAAAAACUCCUGGGGUGCAUUAAGCUGCAGAACAAAUCUAUACCUGGUAUAGAUGAGUGGCAGCUUAUCAAGGAGGAAAAACCAAAUAAAGCAAGCAAGCCAAUACUAGUGGCUAUUUGCGAGGAGUCCAUUGAGGCUCUGAAGAAGACUGACAACAAAAUCAGCUUCGGAAUACGCAAGGCCAGAUUAAAAAUCUUCCAAGGCGACAAAGCGGCUGACGAAGACGACACGGAAGAGGUCGACGACGCCAGCCAGUUGCUAAGGAAUGUGGACAUUGAAGAACCCCGGGAUGCCCAAUAAGAACAGCAUAAGGUGCGUACAGAUUAACCUGCAGCACUCGAAGAGUGCUACAGCGAAUCUGACAACCCUCAUGAACGAGGGGGGCAUCGACAUCAGCCUAAUACAGGAGCCCUGGGUCAAUGAAGAUUCCAUAAAAGGGCUAAACAGCAGCAAUUACAACCUGUUUUACACGCGGAACAGAGCACAGCAGAUAUCACAGUGGUGAAGGUGGAACAGAAGGAAAAGCCCUUCUUCUUGGUCUCGGCCUACUUGGCCCAUGACGAAGACAUACCACCGGCCCCGCUCACCAGGCUAGUAGAGGAGAACAAGAAGGAUGAUGUCCUAAUGGGGUGUGAUGCAAAUGCAAGGCACACCGUAUGGGGUAGCUCCAGUAUAAACACCAGAGGUGAGUCACUCUUGCAGUAUAUUUUGAUUAGUAAUCUAAGUAUUUGCAGCAAGGGCGAUAAGCCAAAAAAGAGAAGUCUCUUCCUUGGUGGAACAGUGAACUCAAGAAUUUGAGAACACAACUAAGGAAAGCUUUCAAUGAGAGUUUUAGAACCAAAAUCUGGCAGCCAUAUAAAGACCUUAUGAAGGAAUACAAAAAAGAAGUCCGGAAAGCUAAAAAUGACUCAUGGCGAACUUUCUGCACAUCGAUUGAAAGUUGCAGAGAAGCCGCUAGGCUGAGUAAAAUGCUAUCCAAAGACCAUAUUAAUACUGCCUACAUUAGGGCGGAGGGUAGUGAUUGGACCUCCUCUCUGGAGGUACUAAUCACAACACACUUCCCCGGGAGUCAGCAAACACCUUCAACGAGGGUUCAACCGGAACCACCGGUAAACGCAGCUGACUAUCGAGGCCAAAUAGUAGACAAAAGGAAAAUCAAAUAUGCCAUAAAUAGUUUUGCACCAUUUAAAGCGGCAGGUCCUGACGGGAUUAUGCCCAUAAUGCUGCAGAAACUGGUAGAACCAAUGGUUCUAAGGCUUGAAAAUAUAUACAGAGCAAGCAUUCAACUAUCUUACAUCCCAAGAAGUUGGAAAAGGAGUAAAGUUGUGUUCCUUCCGAAACCAGGCAGAAGAACACACGAGAAUGCCAAGGAUUUUAGACCUAUAAGCCUUACCUCAUUUAUGCUGAAGGUACUAGAAAGGCUAAUAGCCGUAAGAACAAUAAUGGCGGAGAAGUUAUCGAAGUCCCAACAUGCGUACAUAAAGGGCCGAUCGACCGAAACCGCCCUUCACGAGGUGAUAAGUGUGAUUGAAAAAUCACUACACCACAAACAAUACACCAUGGCUGCUUUUCUAGACAUAGAGGGCGCCUUUAAUAACAUAGAAGUAAAAACGAUAAUUAAUUCUCUGGCGCAUGGGGGCAUAGAUGACACUGUGUGCAGAUGGAUACUAUCGAUACUUGAGAAUAGGAAGAUUAUAGCUUCAAACGGCGCUGCAACACAAACAA